AUGACUCUCCCGCCGACGACGUAUCUCCAGAGUGCACCCUGUGCAACCUUGUCGCACGAUGUGCGUAGAAGGGGUCUCCCUAUGCGCGCCAAGUCUGGUGGCUGCCAGGCACCAGGCAUUACAUCGAUUCCAGAUCCCAAGUCAGCCGGCCAGACAGCACCUACUGAGUGGCUAGCCGCCCUGGUGGGUGGCUCGCUCGCCAUUCAGGGCACUCUCGCUGCCAUCACCGUCCAAGUAGACGAUGAAAACUCCCUCAAGACCGCCGCCAAGGCGGUCGCGACCAACAUGAUGGAUUUCUACAAUGCCCGUGACUCUAAGGAUAUCCCCGGUAAAUUUGACGGAACUUGGUGGGAAGGUGGUUCAAUGUUCAUGACGCUCAUUCAAUAUUGGUGGUUGACGGGGGAUUCGCAAUUCAACGGGUUGAUCCAGGAGGGCAUGUACUGGCAAAAGGGCGAUGACGACUUCUUUCCGAGCAAUUACAGUCAGUACCUGGGGAACGACGAUCAGGUCUUCUGGGGUCUGGCCGCCAUCACCGCCGCCGAAGUCAACUUUCCGGAAUUGCCCAACCAGCCGUCCUGGGUCUCCCUGGCGCAAGGUGUGUUCAACACGCAGGUGCCCCGCUGGGAUACCAGCAGCUGCCACGGGGGCUUGCGCUGGCAGAUCUGGCCCUACCAAAGUGGUUAUCUCACCAAAAACGCCAUCUCCAACGGCGGUCUCUUCCAGCUGGCGGCCCGCCUGGCUCUCUACACCAAAAACGCAACCUACGCGGAAUGGGCGGAGCGCAUUUGGGACUGGAGUGCGACCACUCCUCUGCUGAAGCAGAAGAACUGGAACAUCGCCGACUCCACCACCUGUGAGACCCAAUGUACGGAUCAUGGUGACUGGCAAUGGACCUACAACUACGCAACCUACAUCAGCGGUGCUGGGUACAUGCACAACUACACGAAUGGAACCGCGACGAAGUGGAUGGACGGCAUUCAAGGCUUGGUUGGCACCUCCGAACAGUUUUAUCCCACCCAAGGCUACAAUGAUGCGGGCGGCAACGUCCUCGUCGAGAUCACCUGUGAACCGAUCGAUAAAUGUGAUCGUAACCAAAAAACCUUCAAGGCCUACUUCUCGAAUUGGCUCGCGCUCAUCACCACCAUUGUUCCGGGGACCGCGGACCUCAUCAUGCCCAAGUUGCGAACAUCGGCGCAGGCCGCCGUGGAAACGUGCACGGGCGGCUCCAGCGGCAACCUCUGCGGCACCAGGUGGUACAGCCGCAAGACCGACGCGGCCGACGAACUGGGCCUGGAGCAGGAAAUGUCCGUCCUCGGUGUGCUGAACGCAAAUCUCAUCCGAUUCAAAAACAGCGCCCCUCUCACGGCGGACAACGGUGGUACCUCGAAGAGCAAUCCCAAUGCUGGAACCAACAGCACGGACAAUGAUGUGCCCAUCCUGAACGACAUCACCACGGGGGACCGUGCGGGCGCUGGUAUUCUCACCUUUGUCUUCGUGACCGGAUGGGCGGUGGCGGUCACUUGGAUGAUUCGGGGCGGUUAA